AUGCCAGUUUCCCAAAGGUUGAAAGACUGGGGGGACAGGCUCGCAGUAGAGUCUGAAGAAGGGCUCACUCCCUCUCAGCUCAUGCUCAUAAAUCAUGACUUGAAACCCGUUGAAAAGGAAAGGCGGCAGUGGGGGCCGUGGAAUUUUGUGGGAUUUUGGAUCGCCGAUUCGUACAAUAUCAACACUUGGAUGAUUUCAUCGUCCAUGAUUAUUGGCGGCCUGUCUUGGUGGCAAGCCUGGAUAUGUGUUUGGGUAGGAUAUUCCAUCGCAGCGUGCUUCAUCGUUAUGAAUGGUCGCAUCGGUGCCAUGUACCACAUCGGUUUCCCGGUCGUGAAUCGAGCGUCCUUUGGCAUCUGGGGCGGCUUGUGGCCAGUCUUUAAUCGUGCUGCCAUGGCGUGCAUCUGGUAUGGCGUACAAGCAUACAUCGGAGGCAACUGCGUGUAUCUGAUGAUUCGAUCCAUCUGGAAAUCCUGGGAUCGUACCCAGAUGCCUGGCCCGUUCGAACCAGGAGUGUCGAGUACGCCCGACUUUGUGUCGUUUUUCAUUUUCUGGUUCUGCUCCCUACCUGCCAUUUGGUUCCCUGUUCACAAAAUCCGGCACUUGUUCACUGUCAAGGCGUAUUUUGUGCCACCAGCAGGCAUUGCAUUCUUGAUAUGGGCUCUUGUGCGUGCAGGCGGAGCUGGUCCCAUUAUCAAGAAGUCAAAUACAGUGCAUGGCAGUGAUCUUGCAUGGGAAAUGGUCAAGGGCAUCAUGUCGUCGAUUGCAAACUUUGCCACUCUUAUUAUCAAUGAUUCAGAUUUUACGAGAUUUGCUCGCAAGCCAAAGGAUGCCAUCUGGUCGCAGCUACUUGCAAUUCCUAUCGGGUUCGCCUUCACCUCAUUGAUUGGAAUUUUUGUAUCGUCAUCUUCCACGGUCAUUUACAACGAACCAAUAUGGAAUCCCCUCAGCUUAUUGGGCAAUUUUAUAGACGAUGGCGGCGCAGCGCAACGAUUUGGCGUCUUUGUCAUUUCCCUCGCCUUUGCCGUGGCCCAACUUGGUACCAAUAUUUCUGCCAACUCAAUAUCUGCAGGUACAGAUAUGACAGCCCUGCUUCCUCGAUAUAUUAAUAUUCGACGCGGUGGAUACAUUUGCGCUGCCGUUGGGUUAGCCAUGUGUCCUUACAACCUGUUGACCAGUGCCAACAACUUUACGACCUAUCUUUCAGCAUACAGCGUUUUCCUCAGCUCUAUUGCCGGCGUCAUGUCUACUGACUAUUAUCUCGUCCGGAAGGGCUACCUGAAUGUCAAGGAACUCUACGACGCACGCAAAACGGGACCUUAUUUUUACACGUUUGGUGUCAACUGGCGUGGCUACAUCGCAUAUAUUGCUGGCAUUCUCAUCAAUGUCGUCGGAUUCGCUGGCGCUGUAGGUCGACAAGUGCCCAAGGGGGCGACGUAUAUUUACAAUCUCAACUUUUUCUGCGGCUUCAUUGUGUCCUCCUUGACCUACUGGAUACUCUGCAAAAUUUCUCCGGUGCCAGAAACGAGUGAUACGUGGAUGGAGGUUGGGGAGGUGAUUGAUGACUUGCAUGUUGCAUAUGAUACUUCAAAAGAUGGAUACGAUGAGGAGAAAACGACCAUGGGCCAGAGGAUUGAUGGGGACCAAGCUCACCAUUUUUAG